GCUCCUGGAAAGUGAGCAGUUUCACUUUAAGCGCUUCAGCCUCUUGAGCGUGUAGCGAGUGCUGUGGGCAAGGCUUCCCGGUGUUUCGUUGUCCAGGGCCUCCAGUCAUGGCUGGAGUUUCUCUCAUUGUUUUGCUUUUAGCUGCUUUGCAUCUCAGCGAUGCGACCUUGCGAUUUGCCUCCUAUUAUGGAGACCACAUGGUUCUGCAGAAGUCCCCACAGAGGGCUGUGUUGUGGGGUUACGGCCCUGAGGGCGAAAAGGUCACGGUCUACUUGUCGGGUCCAAUUCAACAGAAAGUCUCAUCGGUCCCAGUGAAGGAAGGUAUUUGGCAAGUCACUCUUGACCCUGUUGAGGCCGGUGGUCCCUACAAUGUGUAUGCCAUCUCUCAAAGCAGUGCCUGUAACCUGACAGAUGUGCUGUUUGGGGACAUUUGGCUGUGUGGAGGCCAGAGCAACAUGUAUUUCAACACCUCUGCAAUUUUCAACGCAUCUGAGGAGCUGGCUCUUUCAUCUAAAUAUCCACAUGUUAGGCCGUUUAUGGCGGCUUUAAACAUGAGUAAAACGGAACUGAUUGAUCUCAUCCAAGUGGAGAUGCCCUGGUUUGUCCCCACCCCCAGUGUCGUUGCAGAUUUUUCAGCUGUGUGUUGGCUUUUUGGGCGUUACAUGUACGACAAACUGCAGUACCCCAUAGGACUGGUAGAGUCAUGUUGGGGAGGCACACCAGUGGAAGCCUGGUCCUCCCCAAGAGCCCUGAAGCAGUGUGGACUGAAUCAAAGUGAAGACAACUCUAUGAUGAAAAGCACCGUUUUAUGGAAUGCAAUGAUCCACCCAUUCCUCAAUAUGACGAUCUACGGAGCCAUCUGGUACCAGGGUGAGGCAAAUGCAGAGUACCAUCAAGACAAGUACAACUGUUCAUUUCCUGCUAUGAUAAAUGACUGGAGGAUGGGAUUUCACCAAGGCUCCGGGGGGCAGACUGCUCUUGACUUCCCAUUUGGAUUUGUUCAACUGUCCACCUACAAAAACGGUUCCACAGAUGAUGGAUUUCCUGAAAUUCGCUGGCACCAAACGGCAGACAUGGGCUUUGUCCCAAACAGCAGGAUGAAGAACACCUUCAUGGCAGUGGCUUUGGAUUUACCGGAUAAAACCUCACCAUAUGGCACAAUCCAUCCCAGAGACAAACAGGAUGUUGCUCAUAGGCUAACACUGGGUGCUAGAGCUGUGGCUUAUGGAGAAAAAAAUGUAUCUUUCCAAGGACCUUUCCCCAAAGAAAUCAUGUUAAAGGAAAACUCAAUCAUCAUCACCUACGAUAAGGCUGUCUCUGUUGCAUCAUCUAAAAACAUUUUUGAGAUCUGCUGUUCAGAGAAGAAAGUUUCAUGUGAGACCCAGUCCAUUUGGCUUCCAGCUGCCAUCAUGGAUUGGAAUCACACCAGCAUCAGGCUGUUUGUUGGCUCGUGUCCGUCAUCUGAAGUUGCCGCUCUUAGAUAUGCAUGGAGAGACUGGCCCUGUGAAUUCAAAGCAUGCCCUGUUUACGAUAUUGAUGGGAAUUUACCUACACCUCCUUUUAUCACCAAUAAAUACUCAGCCAAUCAAAAUGUUUGGAAAAGGAUCUGAAAAAGAAAUAAAAAAAUAUUUUUGUUACUGA